AUGAUCCCCAGAGACAUUUCCAACUUUGAGUUUUUGUGUGUAAUAGGAAAGGGCACCUACGGAAUCGUUUACAAAGCGCUCGAUAAGCAUGAGAACCAACUGGUGGCCAUAAAAAAAAUAAUCAACCUGUGCGACGACAACUAUGGCAUAAGCAAAAGCAUCCUGCGGGAGUUAACCAUCCUUCAGAAAAUUCGGCACAAAAAUAUUAUAAACCUGAAGUACGUCUUUUAUGGAAGAGAUAUAGAGGAAAAACUGAAAGGGGAAAAUUUAGAGAACUCCUGUUUGUACCUGGCCUUCGAGUACUGCGAUAUUGACCUCCUCAAUUUGAUGAAGAAGUACAACAUGAACAUCCGGGAAGCCAAGUACGUCAUCUUUGAGCUUCUCCUGGCGACCUCCUACCUGCAUGGAAAUAACUACCUACAUAGGGAUAUCAAACCGGAAAACAUUUUUAUAACCUCCUGUGGAGAAAUUAAAUUGGGGGACUUGGGACUCUCUGUUGAAAGAACCGAAAAUAUGACGCCCACGGUGGUGACCCGCUGGUACAGAUCGCCGGAAAUUUUACUUCAGUCGAAGAAUUACGACCAUGAGGUGGACGUGUGGAGCUUGGGUUGUCUCUUCGUGGAGUUGAUAACGGGCAGGUAA